GAACUGGGAAUUCAGGGGACAGAUCACCACCCUUUAAUUCUGGCCCCUGAGCUCCUGGCUGGAGCUGGAUUCGGGAUCAAACUAGGUAAUUUCUUCCAGGGGUGGCUUCGAAGCCACUUUUUUUAGCCUGUAGUAGUGAUCUCAUUCAAGUCAUCCCAAACUUUCUCACUUCCGAAAACCUUUGAAGAGGAGGCUGCGGCUAGAAGAAUGAAAGCGAGUUAGCUUUCUCGUCGGGCUUAAAGGGUCGAAAUCUCAGCGGCUUCUCCAGAUAUAAAAUCUGUUUAACAAUAAAACUGCGUGGGCUCUUGGGGUCGACCAAGCGCCUAACCCUAACAUGACGCCACCAGUCUGAACUCUCUCGUGUCAAUGAGUCGAUUCAUCUCCAGAAAGAUCUAUUUUCACUUGUGGGGGAAAUGAAGAUUUGUUUAGUACAUGCACUACAAUACACAAAUAAAAACGCAGUUUUCAAAACUUAUUGAAUAUAAUAACAUUUUUGUUUUUCAAAUAAUAUUUUUUGGGUCCUGUGGAAGGGAACGAGAGACUCACCUCAGGAAAUUUAAAGAUAUUAUCCCCCUUGGAGGAAAGUAGUUGCGUCCAACUCGCCACGCCCCGGUGUCAUUUGAGGAGGCGUGGCUGUGACGUAAUGCUCUGGGCGGGGCUGGACUGUUCUAAAUGAGACCUGGUAGGGGAGCUCAUUUACGACAGAAGGCUGCAUUGGCAAUAAACCUUUUUUUCGCUUCAUAUUUAAUUUGUUUAAACAUUAAAUAAAAUAUAUAGAAAGACGUAUAUUGGCCGUCGGUCCUCUCUACCACUAUGGAGAAGAAAGGGCGGAAUCCCUCCUUGUUGUCCCUCCACCUAGUGGCCGCUUCUAUCUCGUGCCGCAUCGCCAGAUGGAAGGGGUAGGGAGAAGUGUCUGCUUUAGGGAUCGCAAAGUGUCGCGGCCCCAUGGCCCUGCCGACCUGCUCCCCGCGGCUGGUGCUGCUGUUCAGUGGAAAGAGGAAAUCCGGGAAGGACUUCGUGACGGAGGCGCUGCAGAGCAGACUCGGAGCUGAAGUGUGUGCUGUCCUCCGGCUCUCUGGGCCACUCAAGGAGCAGUAUGCUCAGGAACACAGCCUGGAUUUCCAGAGACUCCUGGACGCCAGCACCUACAAGGAAGCCUAUCGAAAGGACAUGAUCCGAUGGGGAGAGGAGAAACGCCAGGCCGACCCUGGCUUCUUCUGCAGGAAAAUUGUGGAGGGCGUCUCCCAGCCUGUCUGGCUGGUGAGUGACACACGGCGGGUAUCUGACAUCCAGUGGUUUCAGGAGGCUUAUGGGGCUGCGACGAAGACAGUCCGAGUGGUGGCCUCAGAGCAGAGCCGACAGCAGCGCGGCUGGAUGUUCACAAUGGGGGUGGACAAUGCUGAGUCGGAAUGCGGUCUGGACAACUUUGGGGACUUUGACUGGGUCAUCGAGAACCACGGAGAUGAGCAGUGCCUGGAGGAGCAGCUGGAGAGCCUGAUAGAAUUUGUCCACUCCAGACUCUAGUCGUCAGGUUCUAGUGGCGAGCCAAGGGUGGUGGAGGUGGGGCUGACUGCGGGACAUGGGGUUGCUGAUGCUGGCUGAGUGGGCCUGAGUCUAGAUUUCUGGGGCCUGGCAGGUACCAGAUAAGCCUGGGACCCUCAUUUCCCUGUGGAGAGAACAGUCCUGGCUAUUCAGCAGGAGAACUAGAGGGCAUAGGAGGGUGAACUGGCUGUGAUUGAAGCAGAAACACCCCCAUCUCUGUGGGUGCCAGGCCUGUGGGGGCCUGCAGUGGCCUGCGUGGCCUUGCUUCCCCUUCUGGCUGCUUUCAGCCCCUCAUCUGGGUCAAGAGUCCUGGGAUCCCCAGUGUGGAUGCUAAUAAACCUCUUUGGAGCCCACGUUCAGAGCUGGACAAUUCUCAUUUCCCAGGCUCCACCCUGGGCUGUGUGGGGCUCAGAAUGGGUCUAGUGGCUUUGGGUCUCCUGCUGUGCCUCCAGCCUGGACUGGAACGUGUUUGGCAGAGGCUGACCUUUGCCUGUGCUGUGUGGGCAAGA